ACUAUCCAGCGGUGGUCUACUAACAGCUGCAGUGCAAAGACAACUGCACUGACCGAGGAGGUGCUUUUGUGGCAUCCGGAGGCAGACUUGCAAAUAUCUGCAAAGAAAAACAAGAAUUACUAGGUUGAUGUGGUGAGAUGUGCCAUUUUCGCGAUGGCAAAGGGUCUGAUUUCAUGGGCCUGGCUGAAAAAGCCGUACUAUAUUCAGGCUCGGAUCUCCUACCUGAGGGUGAAGUACCUGUUCUUCACCUGGCUGGCGGUGCUGGUCAGCAGCUGGGUGGUCUACGUGCAGUACUCCUCCUACACGGAGCUGUGCCGAGGUCACCAGUGCAAGAGCGCCAUCUGUGAUAAAUACAGGAAGGGAGUGAUCGAUGGCUCGGCCUGCAGCAGCCUGUGCGACAAGGACACGCUGUACCUGGGGAAAUGCCUGUCCACCAAACCCAACAACCAGGUGUACACGGGCAGCUGGGGGGAUGUGGAGGGGGUGGUCAAGUGCCAGAUGGGGGACGUGCUGCACUACGAGCUGGGGGCCGAGAUGGAGCCCCGGAAGGAGGGGGCGCUCUUCGACAAGCCCACAAAGGGCACCUCCGUGGAGAAGUUCAAGGAGAUGGUCUUCAGUCACCUGAAGGAGAAGGUGGGCGAACAAGCCAAUCUGCUGGACCUGGCUUCCUUGGUGCUGUCGGUCGCCGACGGCAACAAGGACGGCCACAUCUCCCUGCCGGAGGCCAAGUCGGCCUGGGCCCUGCUGCAGCUGAACGAGGUGCUGCUGAUGAUCAUCCUGCAGGACAAGGAGCACACGCCCAAGCUCCUGGGCUUCUGCGGGGACCUGUACGUGAUGGAGAAGGUGCAGCACACCUCCCUGUACGGGAUCAGCGUGCCCUGGCUGCUGGAGCUGUGGAUCCCGUCGGGCCUCCGCCGCGGCAUGGACCAGUGGUUCACCCCGUCCUGGCCGCGCAAGGCCAAGAUCUCCAUCGGCCUGCUGGAGUUCGUGGAGGACGUCUUCCACGGCACCUUCGGCAACUUCCUCAUGUGCGACGUGGCCGCCGCCAACUUCGGCUACAACGACAAGCACGACCUGAAGAUGGUGGACAUGCGGCGCAUCGUGCCGGAGGCCAGCCUCCGCGAGGCCAUGCGCGAACGGCGCUGCGGCGAGGACGCCGACUGCGUGUACGGCGCGGACUGCCGCACCUCCUGCGACCUCACCAAGAGGCGCUGCACCCCCGAGGUGGUCCAGCCCAACCUGGCCAAGGCCUGCCUGGCCCUGAAGGACUACCUGCUGCGCGGGGCGCCCUCGGAGAUCCGCGAGGAGCUGGAGAAGCAGCUCUACGCCUGCAUGGCGCUGAAGGGCGCCAGCGACCAGAUGGAGAUGGAGCACUCGCUCAUCCUCAACAACUUGAAAACCCUGCUGUGGAAGAAGAUCUCCUACACGAAGGACUCCUAAUGAAGGCUGCUGGAUGGGUGCUGUCACCUCCCCUCUCCCCUCCUCGGGCCUUUUUGUGGAACUAACGGGGGAAACGCCGACAAGCUGGUGAAGAAAAAAUAAAAUAAAAACUACAAUCAUGGUGGGGGACAAAAUAAAAAUAAAAAUGCAUUGGCAUUAUUUUGUUUCUUUGUUCGUUUGUGUACCGUGUACAUUUUUGCAUUUUUACGUUUACCAUCUUAUUUUGUUUAUUUGGAUUGUGCCAUAAAAAAGACGAUCUGGCACCAAGUGGGUAUGAUUUGGACAGAGAAGAAAAGGAGUGCCUUCAAGAUGGCACAGAAAGAUUCGCCUGCGGCCACUUUGCCAUAAUUAAAGGAACAUGGGUUUUUUUUUUUUUUUCACUUCUGAAUGAAGUGCAUUCGUUCAUCGCAGCAUUUUGGUGCUGCCGCCUCGUUUGUUAGUCUCUUCGUUAAUGCGAGUACGAUGUUCCUGUAACGUCUUUUGGUUUUUAAUCGAGGAACCACUAUGUAGUGCUCAAGGCCACUGCUGCUGUAUGAGAAUGAAUUGUAACAAUCCAGAAAAUUAUGUUUACCUUGACAUUUUGAAGUAGCAUGAUGAAUUUGCACAUUAAAUGAUGUACAACACA